AUGAAAUUCGCUCAUGACUAUCGUGGACUGAAAAAACGUAUCACCGUCAUCAGAAAAUCGCAACAAGGACUCAAUUUCCAUGUUAUCCCAAGUGAUGAAUCCCCAGACGAAUUCCCGUCCCCGCCAGCUGCUCCACGCGCGUCUGACGUUGGUUCAGAGGACUACGCGCCGUCUAUCUACUCACAUGAUGGUCCUCUGGAAGAAACGCAUACAAAGGAUCCUAAAUCAACUGGAAACAUGGACCUUUCAAGCGUUGACCUUACAGAGGUGGGGAGGUACGCAGAAACUUCUAUGGCUCCCGCCUCAGCCUCAGCAUUCAGCUCUGGAAAUCGGGUCAAAUCAACUUCAGCGAAAGGACGUGCAUCUGUCAAUAUCAGUAGUCUCAAAGGUACAGGGGUACGUGGAGGCAAAAGUGUAUCGAGUCGAUUCAACGGAAUCACGCCACGUCCUCUUGACCCACUUUCGGUGCUACCAUUGCAUGAACUGCUAAACCAUCUGUCACCCCAAGAAGUGUCAUUCUUCAUUCUCCUAGAUGCCCAACUCGACAAAGUGGAGUCUUUCUACUUGGCACGCGAGAAGGAAAUGUUGACCCGAGGGCGUAUGCUCAAAAUUCAACUCGUUGAAUUACAGGAGCACCGCAAGCUAUUUCACGAAGCACAAUCUCAAACCUCAUGGGCCACGAAUUUCCUUAGCGCUGCUAAAUCAGUCGUCAAUCUGGGCCGUCUACCUGCCAAAGUUGCGCCUCCUCAAAGCGACCUUUGCCGAAUUCGAUCGCGAAAGAUCAAAUCAAUAUUCAGAUUCAAGGGUAGACCAUCCCAAGCGCCGAAGUCAUUCGAAGCCUCAGCGGAAACGAUACAAACUGAUGCUAUUCCCAAGUCAGAAGCCAUCUCAAAAACCGGAUCUGAUCAAGCCUCAAGCUCCGGCGUAACAAAAGCGAAGACGCGGUUUCUGAAAGCAUAUACCAAGCGCAAGGAACGCGAGACAGCUGAACAAAACGAUAGUUCGUGUUCCGACUCCCAGCGCGCCGAGGAUCCAGAAGAUUUGCCAGGUUCAACCAGGGGUAACACCGUAUCGAAGUGCGAAGGUUCAGACGCCGGCGACAAUGACGAACAAGAGAGCCCCGGGCCACGUCAAAUUCCCUUGUCUGCAGACCCAGACAGUUACCUAUAUGCAAAGAGGAAGCUUAAGAGGGCGGUGUUAGAGCACUAUCGCGGUCUUGAAGUCCUUAAUAUAACCGGGUUCCGAAAGGCACUAAAGAAGUUUGAGAAAGUGACCAAGAUCCCUGUUCAACAACAAUACAUGGCGGAAAAAGUAGGCAUUGAUGUUUCGGCUCCGUGUCGCUUCGAUUCUAAGAAUUUCAUGUUACAGGUUGAAAAAAGCGCAUUCGCAUCUGACAAAGCUGUUGCACAGAUGAUGGCUGAGAUGGAGGACCUGUAUGCAGCGGCGUUUGCUCGUGGUAACAAGAAAAUGGCUACCAAACGUCUUCGCGCGGGUAACAGCAGCAAAAGUCAUCACUUCAGCACCUUCCGGUCCGGUGCAUAUAUUGGAAUUGCCCUUCCGGCACUCAUUGAGGGUUUAGUUAAAGUCUCUAAACAGAGUACCAGACAAGCUAUACCCGCAUGGGGUCCACUGCUAUUCAUCUACGCCAUUUUACUCAUUCCAAUCUUAUUUACAUUCCUGGUCGGCACAAACCUGCUUGUAUGGGCCAACUCCAGAAUAAACUACAUCUUCAUCUUCGAAAUCGAUGUUCUGAGUCAACUUGACUAUCGACAAUAUUUUGAGCUCCCAUCCAUAUUGUUAUCUCUACUUUGCUAUGCAUUUUGGCUAUCCUUUUCUCUAAUCGAGCAUCCUCAUGUUUCACCAAUGAUAUGGCCGCUCAUUUGGCUGGGUGUUACAUUUAUAAUUGUAUUCGAUCCUAUCAAUCUUCUGCACAGAUCAUCGAGGUACUGGCUCGUCAGGAACGUAGCUAAGCUCUUCAUAUCUGGAACGAGGCGUGUUGAGUUUACCGAUUUCUGGAUGGGGGAUCAACUGUGUAGUCUAAUCUUCACGCUCUCGAACAUCUAUUUCUUUGUCUGCGUCUAUGUAAACGACUUCCAUCCAGACUGGAGAAAAUGCUCUGUCAAUUCUUCAACAUGGCCUGCUUACUUUGCUCUCGCUGCUUUGCCCUUGCUGAUUCGUCUAAUUCAAUCUGUGAAACGUUAUUGGGAUUCGAAAUUACUUACUCAUUUAAUUAAUGGUGGAAAAUACGGCAGUGGAAUAGUCGCUUAUUUUUUCUACUUUUUGUGGAGAACUCAUCAAAACGAACGAGGAACAAUCUUUGCCCUCUGGUGUUUGACUAAUGUUAUAUAUUCAUUUUAUGCUUCUGCCUGGGACUUCCUGAUGGACUGGUCCGUCCUGCAAAUACACAGCACCAACCCUCUUCUGCGACCGGAGUUGAUAUACAAUAACCAUAUACCAAUGUAUUACUUUGCUAUUGUAUCGAAUGUCUUGAUUAGAUUCAUCUGGUUGAUAUACAUCCCUAAAAGCGGACCAAACAUGAUGGUCCGCACAUUCAUCGCCGGAUUUCUGGAGAUGUUGAGGAGGUUGCAAUGGAAUUUCUAUCGAUUGGAAAAUGAACAUCUUGGUAAUAUGGAUCAGUACCGCGUCACUCGAGAGGUUCCAUUGCCUUAUGCGUUCAACAACCGGAGUAGGGACGAUGAUGGCGAUGACGAUGAAGAGGGUUUGAAGAUCAGGCGCCGAUAA